CACGCGUCGAAGCAUACAACGUACACUCGUGCCUUCGACUUGGCUUUCCUGCGCAACUGGCUGUAGAAACAAUAGCUACAUAUGACACCUGGGCUCUUUUAGCGAUCCCGCAAUUAGCGACAGCGUAGCCGCGCAUUCGUAGUCUUCUGGAGGACCAUCAGCCUCCCUGUCAUCUUCCAUUCAAGCUCCUACUUACCCUCACCACUUACCGUACCUAGCCCAGCCCUCUGCAAGAUGGGUCGCUGGACAGACAUGGAUAGCGACGCCGAGCGUCUCCCCCAAGGCUUCGAGCGCAUAGGCUACGACGCCGACACCCAAACCUACACCUUCCGCGACGCAUCCGGCCUCAUCUACGAAUCCGAACCCGGGAACCGCUACGGCGAGCUACGCGCUACCGGCGAGCACUCGCAGCCCAUAUCUGACGAACAACGGCGGGAGGAAGAUGAGAUGAUAGAAGAGGGCAAUAAGAGCGCUGUGCGGAUGAUGUUGCCGUUUGCGCUGCUGGUGCUAGUAUUCUUGUUCCUGGUGUUUAAGCUUGUGAGUAGGGGUGACGAGGCUGAGACGUAUGUUGCUGGCUGUGGGGAGGGAGAGCGGCAAGUGCAUGCCGUGGAGGGGGAUACGUGUUGGGCGAUUGCGGAGACGAAUGGGUUGAGUGUUGAUGCUUUGCUGAGCUUAAGAGGGAAUCAGGGUGUGGAUUGCGGGAACUUGAGAGUGGGACAGGGCAUCUGUGUUCCGGCGUCGAAGUGAUGUCGCUCCAUCGCCUUUACGCUCCUACUACGACCACCCGCAAGGGUAUCAAGAAAUGGUAAAAGGCCCAGCAAGAGAAGGGUGUGGUCCCCGCAAUUCAUCUAGGUCACGAAGCUGCCGACUUGGUCAUACAUCUUAUACCGAUGAAGAGUUCAUUCCUACCAACGCGGUGAUUUGUUCUCGAGGGGCCGGUUGACUACCCCACUGGUAGUUCCCAUAGGCAGGCAGCCAGACGACGACUUCAUACACGGAGCUCGUGUCACAAGCGCUACUUAUCCCGGCUUGGCUAUGAUCUUACGCCAUGAUCGUCUCCCAAAGC